CAAGAGAACUGAGUCGGAGCGGGGAAACCCGGCGGGAUUCUGUUGUUGGAGAAGCAAAUGCGAAUAGCCGGGUGAGGAAGUCUUCAAAUCAAGGGACGCAACUGACCACAGAACUGGUCAAUAUGACACGAGUAUCGCAUGGGGCGUGCAACUUCAGUGACAGCCGUAGAAGGUGAAGUAGCUUCGUCCUCGGAGGAAAUGUUCAAGUGCAGCACUGGAACAGCUGAACCUCUGAAAUUUGAACCGGUUAAAUAACCAUCCACCGGGCAUUUGAUCCUGAAUGAACAUGUACCAUAGCACUACUCUACCUUUGGAUACAGUACAUUCCACAGAUGCGUGAGCCAGAGGAGAGAUGGCAAGAAACGAAAAGAGAUUCAGCCGGGACUGCAGUGCAACAGCAAUCCAGUGAGCCAAAGGAGAGAAUCCCCCUGAGUCCCUCCCCUCCCAACUCCCACAACCCUUCACCACCAUGACCACUGAACUAGGGAGCAGCCUGACCUCCAUGGACUGGCUUCCCCAGCUCACCAUGCGGGCGGCCAUCCAGAAGUCCGACUCAGGGCAUCAUGGCCACGGGCCGGGCAAGAAGAGCACCCCGCUGGACCCGGGCACAACACUGGACCAGGAGGAGGCGGCCCAGCACCGGGACGGCAAGCCACCCUAUAGCUACGCCAGCCUCAUCACCUUUGCCAUUAACGGCUCGCCACACAAGAGGAUGACCCUCAGCGAGAUCUACCAAUGGAUCUGUGACAACUUCCCCUACUACUGGGAGGCAGGCAGCGGCUGGAAGAACUCAAUACGGCAUAAUCUGUCUCUGAACAAGUGUUUUCUCAAAGUACCUCGCUCUAAAGAUGACCCUGGAAAAGGUUCCUACUGGGCUAUAGACACCAACCGUAAAGAGGACACACUUCCCACCAGGCCAAAGAAGAGGCCACACUCUGGAGAAAGGGCGUACAGCCUAGAAUCGGAGACCCUGCGAAUGGACUGUAUAAUGUACGGAGAUGCCUCUCCCACUCUGGCAAUCAACACAGUAACUAACAAGGUAGCGUUGUACAAGACAGAGAAUAAGGGCAGCGAUAGCCCCCGGAGCAGCCUCAAUAACAGCCUCUCAGACCAGAGCCUUGCCUCCGUCAACCUCAACAGCAUGCACCGCUACACACCGGUCAGUAGUAACUUGGAGCCCUCCCAGUCUCUGAGUCUACAGCAGCCUCCUCCCCCUCCCUCUCCUCCUCCCCAACCCCAGUGCAGUGUGGCCGAGCAGGACAAGCAGCUCCUCUUCUCUGAUUUCGAGGACCUCAGUGUCUCGUUCCAAAACCUCUAUAAGUCUGUCUUUCAGCAGUCCUUCAGCCAGCAAGGUAUCACGGGUAUGCCCAGUGAAUUGAGCCAGCAGCCGCGGACAUCGUGCUCCUAUCAGCACUCCCCCUGUGUGGGCAGCAGCAACAGUGCCCACAGCCACCAACACAACCACGGUCACGUUCAUAACCACCCCCACCACCACCCGCCUCUCUCACAGCACCUCUCUCCCCACUUGACUCACAACCAACAUCAACCUCAUCCGAACACUCAACAUGGGCAGCACCCUCAACACAGCCAGCACCCCAACAGUGGGCAGCAGUCCCAGCACCAUACUGGCCAGCCACCACAGAUGACCUGCACUAACACUUGUCUGUCCGCCAACUGGUACCCCAACCUGGACUGGCUGAAGGAGAGCUGUCGCAUUGCCAGCAGCUACAAUUGGGCUGACGUGGACCUCUCUCCAUUCCAAGGACUGAAGGAGAGCAUGAGGCAGGCGGAGCUGAACAACUGGUCCCUGGACCUGGCCCAGAUAGCAGACCUAUGCUCCUCCAUCAACCAGUUCUUCACACGCACCGGGAUCAUCCCACCACAGGGGCCACCCAUGCCCACCUGCCACAACCCCAUGCACACCAGCAAGCCCAGCCAGCACAUCAACACGGGUAAUCUGUACAUGGACUCCAGACAGAACAUGUCUUCAAUGAUGGGACCCCCGUGUUACCCCCACAUGCCCCCCAUGAGCAAUGCAGGCUCCACGGUGACAGGGCACCAUGACCAGAUGAACCAGCAGCACAUGAUGCCACCCGGGCACUACCAGAUGAGGAGGCUGCCCACCAACGACAUCCAGGACGACUUUGACUGGGACGCCAUCGUUUAGGAUCACCCUGAAGAGAGGAAGAAAAGGAGGGAUAGACAGAGGGUGUGAGGAGAGGAAAUGACCACCUGCCCAGAAAAAAGACAUCCUCCAGAAGAGGAAUAUCAAUCCCAUGAUCUUGGUCUUUUUAUACGAGAGUAUAGAGUGACUUUGACGACAAUCGUACACAGAGGGAAACAAGUCAAUGUUUGCCAGUUGACAAGUUGGAUGGUCACAUGCGAGAGAAAAAAACACUUUUGGAAUGGUUUGCAUUGUCUCAUCUCAAUGUUCCGAGUGCCAACAGUUUUACAAGUGUCGGUGAAGUAUAUAUUUUUUUAUUCAUGCUUCUAUUCUCGUUUCUUUCCACUGAAGACUGACAGUGGAAGCUAGGGUUUGAUUCACAAUAACUUUUUUUCAAGGGACGUCCGCCUGCCACAACUGAAAGGAAUAGUGCCAUUAUACAUAUGAACAAGAGUAGCCUCAAAGUGAUACAUUUUUGUUCCAUCGCUACACAAACAUCUGGCAUCUUGCCAGUUAGGCCGGACAGUAUUGCAACUACUUGUCCCUCAAUGUAGCACCCCUCACCUAUCUGACAGGAGUGAUCCAUGGAAUGAUACUUUUGCCAAUUCCAACAAAUAAAGUUAGUUCGAAAUUUGAUAAGGGAAGACCAGAUAAGGAUGCUCAUUCCAACAAGUGUCUGAUCUCUGACUGACUCAAACAAUGCCAACUGUAUGGAAUUGAGCACCAUCUUGUGGUUGUAGGCUUAUAUUGCAGAGGGAAUUGACCGUAUUUGGUCAGAGGAGAAAUCACAUUGCACCAGAUGUCGGUUCAAAUGCUUUUUGAAAUCAUUCAAAUUCUUUGAGCAUUUGUUUCAGCCUGCCUUGAGUGCCAGAUGGGCGGGGCUUGCACUUUAAGGACGGUUCUAUUGGUUCCAUCGCAAAAGGCAUGCUCAAUCAAGCACAGCUGAAGUUUUAUAUAUAAUUUCAAUCCAUGUAUGAAUUGCACCCUUAUAUUUUUAUUUUUUAUCCUUAAUGUCUACGUAACUUGCUUUAACUUUCAAUGGUUUGAUGAACAAAACUCUUCCACUGUAGCGGUUAUUUUGUGCUUUGUAUGUCACCACUUAACUCUGUGCUCAUGAAAACAAUUGUGACGCUGGGCCAUUGCUAUGUAUGUAUCGCCUGUCAAUCCCUUACUGGUGGUGUUAUGGUGUCUACAGUUUUAUUUAUCUCGGUGUCUGUGUGCGUGCAUGCGCCUGUGUGAGAGUGUGCAAGUAUGUGUUAGCGUUCAUCAGGACUGUCCUGUUACUAGCUCCAUGGCACGAAGCCCUCCGGGUUCCUGUUUCCUGUUCUUUCAGAAUAAUGCAUAACCCCCAUUUCCUUUCUUAGCAUUACCAAAACGCCAAAGGUGAAAUGGGUAUGUGUGUAGUUUAAUGUACCUGUUGGCAGGUGCUUCGACAGCUGUAGCGGAAAGGUACACUCAAUGUACUAAGUUAAGUGAAAUAAUGUGGAUUUAGGACUUACAAUAUAUAGUAGACUCGUGUGCCAGGUGAACUGGUGAACGAGACUACUAUAACGUGACUUUAGAGGGUAGAGAAUCGGAAUGGACGGGCACACAGAUGAUUCCAAGGUGCCUAGUCAUAGGAUGGGAGAGGGUAAGCCGUGUACUGGGUACGGUAGCAUCAAGUAGAGAAAAUGGUUAGACUGGAUGGGCCUAACCUGUCCCUAUCUUCUGGGGGGAAAAUUUGUAAAAAGAGCUCAGUGAGGGAAAGAGUGUGGUGGACAAUGCAGUAGAAACAACGAUAAAUAAACAGACAAAAUGAUCGAAUGAGCUGCAUUUGAACUGUGAUACUUACUACUUUCAGUGUCUUGUUCUCUCAGUAACCCUUUAGUAUACCUACAGUUCCAUAAUUGAAAUCAUAUCCAUUGAACAAUGUAAAUCAGUAUUUAACUGAAUAUAUACAGGGAUGAUUAUUAAACGGGACCCAAAGUGCUCGUGUCUUUUAAAGAACUCAAAUGAUAAAUGCGGUAAAGAGGCCAAUGGAACAGUGCCUCACGUUCAACAAAUCUGUUCUAACAAAGUGGAUAUUCGUCAAAUCUGCAACGAUGGAUUGAUUGUAAACAGGCCCACAAUGUGGUUACUAAAGUCAGUUUUAGAUAUAUUUGGAUGUUUUUACAUACCAUUUAGAAGUAGUCCCUUUUAGGGUUUAGAAGAAGUGACUGCUAAAUGCUAGCUCACGUUUAUGAGUGAAAUCGGUGGUGUUAGUCGUUUUUUAACUACACUGCUCAAAAAAAUAAAGGGAACACUUAAACAACAAUGUAACUCCAAGUCAUUCACACUUCUGUGAAAUCGAACUGUCCACUUAGGAAGCAACACUGAUUGACAAUAAAUUUCACAUGCUGUUGUGCAAAUGGAAUAGACAACAGGUGGAAAUUAUAAGCAUUUAGCAAGACACCCCCAAUAAAGGAGUGGUUCUGCAGGUGGGGACCACAGACCACUUCUCAGUUCCUAUGCUUCCUGGCUGAUGUUUUGGUCACUUUUGAAUGCUGGCAGUGCUUUCACUCUAGUGGUAGCAUGAGACGGAGUCUACAACCCACACAAGUGGUUCAGGUAGUGCAGCUCAUCCAUGAUGGCACAUCAAUGCGAGAUGUGGCAAGAAGGUUUGCUGUGUCUGUCAGCGUAGUGUCCAGAGCAUGGUGGCACUACCAGGAGACAGGCAGUUACAUCAGGAGACGUGGAGGAGGCCGUAGGAGGGCAACAACCCAGCUGCAGGACCGCUACCUCCGCCUUUGUGCAAGGAGGAGCACUGCUAGAGCCCUGCAAAAUGACCGCCAGCAGGUCACAAAUGUGCAUGUGUCUGCUCAAACGGUCAGAAACAGACUCCAUGAGGGUGGUAAAUGAGGGCCCGACGUCCACAUGUGGGGGUUGUGCUUACAGCCCAACACCGUGCAGGAAGUUUGGCAUUUGCCAGAGGACACCAAGUUUGGCAAAUUCACCACUGGCGCCCUGUGCUCUUCACAGAUGAAAGCAGGUUCACACUGAGCACAUGUGACAGUCUGGAGACGCCGUGGAGAACGUUCUGCUGCCUGCAACAGCCUCCAGCAUGACCGGUUUGGCGGUGGGUGAGUCAUGGUGUGGGGUGGCAUUUCUUUGGGGGGCCGCACAGCCCUCCAUGUGCUCACCAGAGGUAGCCUGAUUGCCAUUAGGUACCGAGAUGAGAUCCUCAGACCCCUUGUGAGACCAUAUGCUGGUGCGGUUGGCCCUAGGUUCCUCCUAAUGCAAGACCAUGCUAGACCUCAUGUGGCUGGAGUGUGUCAGCAGUUCCUGCAAGAGGAAGGCAUUGAUGCUAUGGACUGGCCCACCCGUUCCCCAGACCUGAAUCCAAUUGAGCACAUCUGGGACAUCAUUUCUCGCUCCAACCACCAACAGUUGCACCACAGACUGUCCAGGAGUUGGCGGAUGCUUUAGUCCAGGUCUGGGAGGAGAUCCCUCAGGAGACCAUCCGCCACCUCAUCAGGAGCAUGCCCAGGCGUUGUAGGGAGGUCCUACAGGCACGUGGAGGUCACACACACUACUGAGUCUCAUUUUGACUUGUUUUAAGGACAUCAAAGUUGGAUCAGCCUGUAGUCUGGUUUUCCACUUUCAUUUUUAGUGUGACUCCAUUGAUAAUUUGUGAUUUUGUUGUCAGCACACAACUUUAUAAAGAAAAUAUUUAAUAAGAAUAUUUCAUUCAUUCAGAUCUAGGAUGUGUUAUUUUAGUGUUCCCUUUAUUUUUCUGAGCAGUGUAUAAUGCAUAAUGCAUUUGACUGGUGACGAUGAAUGGACAUGUAUUGGGCUUGACAUCCAUACAAGCAUUGUACUCCAAUUUUUACCUCGACAUAGGCCAUUGUUUACAUGUGUAUUUCACACUUAAGUGUAGUAUCAUUUUGCUGGGGGGUAAUGAUGAGAUUCGGGAAUGUUCGCCAUAUGUUUACAUGGCAUUUCCAUUGACCUCUUUACCGCAUCUAUGGUCAAGAUUUCUGAUUCCUGAUUUCUGUCACAUGCUGGUUUUUGAUGACGAGCAGAAACAAUAUAUUGUGUCAUUGUGCUGACUUGACUGUAUGUCAUUUAAAAUCAUCAGUGAAUGAUGACUCAUGAAUGAAACAAAUGGAGGGAGGGGUAGUAUUUUGUUCUUUCAAGAGAGAAACCUUGUGUGUAUAUAUAAAUGUGAUCAAAUGCAUUGGCUUUUUGUGACACUCUUCCUUGUACUGUGUCUUAGUUAAAUGUUUAUUAAAAUGGUAUUGAUCAAUUUUA